AUGACUAAAACUGUUUUAGAAAAUAUUGUGCAGGAAACUAUAACUUCUAAAUAUUUCUCAAUUAUCAUAGACUCUACACCUGAUAUAUCAAAAGUUGAUCAACUUACAGUUGCAAUAAGAUAUAUUCUACCAGACGGUUCACCUGUUGAACGUUUUUUGGGAUUUUUACCUUCGGUUGGUCAUAAGGCAAAAGAUAUGGAAUUGGCUCACUUUUUUUCUGAUCUUGGGAUUGACAUGAAAAACUGUAGAGGACAAAGUUAUGACAAUGCUCAAAAUAUGUCUGGAAUUUAUAAUGGAUUACAAUCCCCUGAAGAGACUAGUGUAGGUAAUCGGUUUUUUAUGAUCACUCAAGGUUUGUAUACUUUUUUUUCUGGUUCUACAUCACGUUGGAAGAUCUUAGAAAAUGAACUUAAUUCUAUUCCUAAUUCAACAUUGCUUAAAAAUGUGUGUCCUACAAGAUGGUCAUCAAGAUAUUUUGUUUGCAAGUCAAUAAAAAAUGGUCAUAAAAAGAUUGUUGUUGCAUUACAAAAUAUAUCAGAAGAUGUAAGUCAGAGGCCUGCUACAAGACAUGAAGCAUUAGCUCUAUUCAAAAAAAUGAAAAACCUAGAAUUUACAUUCAUGUUAGUCUUGUGGACACCUAUAUUAGAAAGAUUCAACAUGACCAGCAAAAGUUUACAAUGUGUUGAUAUGGAUUUAUCAUCGGUGAAAUUGCCCUUAAAAUAUUUACAUGCAUCAUGCAUGCCUUGUUCAAAUGCCAGUGGUGAACGCUCAUUUUCUGUUUUGAAAAGAGUAAAAACAUAUCUCCGUUCAUCAUUAGCUAAUGAAAAAACAUCAUAUUUAUCAUUAUUGUGCAUGGAGUCUAAAGUUGUAAAGAGUAUUGAUUGGAGUACUUUAGUCAAGAGAUUUGCCAAAGAUAAAGCAUGA